GCAGCGGCAACUCACCAGUGACUGGGCUGAGACAUGACAACGUGCGUUCCCAGCCUACUAACUAAAACAGCGCCUAGUAGGCCGCUAACAGGGGAAUCGACCCACCGCAUUCAGCUACGACCACCAACUGACCCGCCUGGACAAUGACUCUCCCCUGCUAACGUCUGCCGCCUGCAGCGCUAGUCCCACAACGGAACCCGAAGCUAUCUCUGAAAGAGCUGUAGCUUGCGAGCUUCAAUCUUGCAUCCCCUCUUACUUUGCAUUAACUACGGAGCUCGCGAGGAUAGGAGGGGUCUGAUUUAACUCUUCGAUUCGAUUUAGUCACCAAACGCCGCACAAUUUGAUUUUCACUUGUCAUAGGCCGUUUUUAAGCUCCCUCUGCAUACAGCAGCAUCUCUACCACCGCUGCCAUGCUAUCAGAGCUCUAGUACUUGCGCCGGACAAGUAACUCAAGCAGCCCAAUCGAACUAUACCUUCCCCGACCUCGAAUUACAAAUAGCCGAAAACCUUCGGAACUCCUACAUACAAUAAUUCCAGUGGCAAUUGCUGUCAUACAACAAGCUUCUUGUCUCGUAUACACGGAGCAAUCCGCUUAGAAUCAGCCGCUGUACGACCGGCGAAUCGUGCCAUUGGUAGCCUAGAAAUCCUUCGGCUGGCCGUUAAACGAUACGGCUGUAUUAAAGGCAGCUUCAACUAUCAUAACUGGGGCACCGGAUUCUUUCAAUUACACUCUGCGUCUCAAGAUGCUUACAAUUACAACCAACGCUCCGGGAAGUCCGAAUAGUCGCCGCCAUACUAGGAGGCCGCUGCUACGCUGGGAUGGCAAGCAGAGAAGCUCAGAAGAAUGGACUCAUUUGGACCAUGAUCCUGAACUGUGGCUUGAGAGCGGCAACUGCCUCAUAUAUCUCCACGAAUCCUUGGCCAGCAUUUCAACGCCCGCCUUUAAGCUGUCAUUCUCGCAGUUACUGGGGAAGCGAUGUCAACCGCUAAUUAAAGGAUUCAUCGAGUUCAGCGGAGACCGUCACGAAUUUACCGAUGCUUUGGAUGAAUGGGACCACAUCGGCCAGAAGCGGACGAUAGAGCUUUAUAUUGCACCAAGAAAAUCAGCUACAUCGCGAGAAAUGCUGCAGCAUCGUCUUGCAGUUCGAAAUCUACUUGCAUGGGUAAUGGAUAAACCCUUGGUUGGCGAGCAUCUCGGUACUGCCAUGAUAUCUCUACUCCAGACAAUGCAGCUCUAUCGAUCCCGAGGCGCAGACAACUCGACAGAUCUCACGAACUAUCUGAUGGAUCAAGGAUAUUUCGUCUUUAAUGAGUGCCCUUCCCACUCUCUAGCUGCUAUGCAAUUGGCAGAAUACUGUUCUAUGGAUGAUUUGUAUGUUCGUGCUUUUGCUCAUAGUGUCGGUAUGAGCGAUCUGGCGAUGACAUGCUCUGAAUAUCAGCAAUUGAGUUUGAGAUCACGCAAGAUGAUUCGUUCGGUGUCCCACCAGACGAUUGACCGCAUGGAACGCUAUUCCGCUUUGCUUUCAGAUUUGUUAACAGAAGAGCUCUCAGAAACCAACCUGGGACUGCCAUCACAAACUCGCCACUACUUGGACCAAUUUCGGGUCUUCCUUACAGGAUUCUAUUCGAAGCAAUUCGGGAAAUACCCACCCAGCGUUUUCGACGCUCGCACACUGCGAAUCAUGUGCCAAGAUUUCGCGGCCAUGUACGAUUUGCUUGUAGAUGAUGGUCCUGCAUCUUUUGGUGCAGUAUUCUCCAUGACUACGGGCGGAACUUGUACCUUGCAGCUUAUCCAAGCUUUCGAAGGCCGCCAUAACUUCAUCCCUUUAGACCACAUUUCACCACUAUUGCCACGGACAAAUGCACCACAACCUUCAAUACGCAGGCUAUGGACCAACCGAUUUGAGCGACAAAGAGUUCCCAGAGGUCUUGCCGCGCACACAGCGUUGAUCAAUGCGUCCAAUUGGCGUGAUACUACUAUGAAUAACGAUCUUGUACGCGCCUAUCGGGUUUUCGAAGGGUUAGACGUUCAAUCGAAUGGCAAAGCUGACAGCAUAGACGUCAUGGCUUUGGCCGAAGCAAGAAAGGCGCGCUGGCUCCUCAUUUACACGACAUACCAAGUUCUCCGCAGUGCUACGGAGCGCCCGAUUCAGACGGAAAAAGACGACACCUGGUACCACCUCAACAUUUCUUCGCAGGGCUUACCGCCAUGGAGGCAGCCACUGGAUUUUCAUGAAAUACGUCACAGUUCAAUGGAUACGGCGAUGUGUGUAACGGAUCCGUAUUCUCAAGCAGAGGAAGUGACUGAAUCGAUAAACGUUACACCCGACAUUGAUCAUUAUACGACAUUCCAGGAAACACCAACGAAGAUAACCCGUCGAUCGUCUCUAAUGGUAGUGACAGAACGGACAUCACAGGGGGUGUCUCGAUCAAAGUCGAUAACGCGGGCACUGGGACGUAACGGAGCUCUGCGCCGAUCAUUGAAGCGAUCCAAAACCGCAAUUGUCAAGAAUGAGAACCAUGGCGAUAUUUCACCUGUUCCUUCACCUAUAUCGAGUACCUGGAUGCGGCGGUUCAGCUCUGGGUUUGCUGUAGGGCUAUCGGAGCGGAAUUUGGACACAAUUGCAACAGUCACAUCACCAAUUGUGGACAUUGACGGCUCAACAGUGUCAUCACAACGCGACAGUCAGGCUAGCACAAUUGAAAGUGCCAGUUCUUUAAACACGUCUGCCUUGCCAUCGCCAGCAUCCCCUGGCAGCGAGGCAUCUGUGGAAUGGGACGAGUCCCAUUUUAGCACCUUGCCUCGGAAUUCAUCACGUCGUUCCCUUUCUCAGCUGACAUCGACGAUUGGCUCCGUUGGUCGUAAGGGCAGUAUUCAUGGCAAUCGGCCCCAAGAGCGACCUCGUCGAGCUAGCGAUACGGCACAGCAUGGGGGCCUAAGUCGAUCCCUAAGCCUUCGUAUUCCCGAUAUUAGACGCAAAAGCCGAGGGCCGUCUGACAACACCAUGUCUCCUGUUCAGGUUCGUGAACUUGAUAUAUCGGAAAUCAGCGAAGAUGGGUGGUCCAUUCAAGAUGAUACGGCAGAGUGGAAUGCCAUGGAGUCAUUCCUUGACGGAGACCGAUCUCCCGUCUGCGUACCAGGAGAGGGUAUAAUGCCCGCCUGGGAGCAAUACUCUGAUUUGGGUGGAUUGACGAGAGUCUAUUGA